UGAGGUGCUUCGCGGGCCCGCUAGUCGAUGUAACGCUGCCCAAGGUGCGACCAGCGCUAUUUAUCAACCUGUCUCACGAACACAAGCAUUUGACAAGCUUUUGCUACUGUUUGUCGUGACUUUCCAAAGCUCACCUCGCGACAAUGAUUCGAGCAUUGACAUUUGGAGCGGUCCUGCUCGGUCUCGCUACAGCCUCGCCGCUGGAGCGUAGAUAUGCCGUGAAAGAGCGGCAUACAGUCCCCGGCACCUUCACUCGCGUUGGAGAUGCACCGGAGAGUCAUCAUGUUCUUCUUUCGGUGGGACUGACGCAGGCUCGAUUUUCUGAAUUAGAGCAGCAUCUGUUCGAAGUCUCCGAUCCCGAUCACGCUCGCUAUGGACAGCAUUUGAGCCAGUAUGAAGUCAACGAACUGGUCAGCCCGAGCGAGAAAGCUCUGCUUCUCGUCCACGAGUGGUUGCAAGAACACAACGUUGACCCGACGAGCAUCUCCUACUCCCCUGCCAGAGACUUCCUGAGCUUCAGCCUGCCCAUCGCGGACGUCGAAAGCCUGCUCGACACGAAGUUCUCCACGUACCGACAUGCAGAUGGCUCUGAGCUGGUGCGCACGCACGAGUGGAGUCUGCCUCUGCAUCUGCAUGACCAUAUUGCUGCCAUUCAACCCACUACUUCCUUCUUGCGACCACGAGGUCAGGUCGUCUCGAGUCCUCGGUCGGUGAACCAAGUUUUCGGCGAGGCGGUUGUGCAGCUUGCUGAUGGCGAGUCGCCGACUGUGGCGAAGGUGUGCAAUGGCUCGUUUGUUACGCCGCAGUGUAUUCGCACUCUGUACGAGACCAUCAACUACAAACCCCAAGCCGGCACGAAAAACCAAGCCGCCGUCGGCGAAUUCGACGGCGAAGUCGUCAACCGCUCCGACACACGCAUCUUCCUCGAAGCCGUGCGCCCCGAGGCCGCGGGCGCAGCAGCGACCUACAACCUCGUGUCCAUCGCCAAUGGCACCAUCUCGCAAGCCCACGACACGCCGAAACAACAGAAAGCCGGGCUCGGCAUCGAAGGCGACCUCGAUAUCCAGGCCAUCAUCGGCAACUCCUGGCCUGUGCAGGCCACCGUGUACUCCACGGGCGGCGUGCCGCCGGAGCAGAGCCCGCAGGAUGGCAAUGAGCCGUAUUUGACGCUGCUGCAGUACUUGUUGAAGCAGACGUUUAUUCCGCAGGUGUUGUCGAUUAGCUAUGAGGAUGGGGAGGAUACGGUACCGCUGUCUUAUGCUCGGGCCGUUUGCUCGCAGUUUGCGCAGCUGGGGGCUCGUGGUGUUUCCGUUUUCUUUUCGAGUGGUGAUGGUGGCGUUGGUGAGGACUGCAAGGUGAAUGGCACCAAGAAGUUCGAGACUGGCUUUCCUUCGGAUUGUCCCUAUAUCACGAGCGUCGGCGCUACGCAAGGCUUCGCCCCCGAGAUUGUGGCCCACGACGGCUUCGUCAGCGGAGGUGGCUUUUCUAACGUCUUCGGCCGGCCGUCAUAUCAGGAUGCAGCUGUGUCGGCCUACUUGAAGAAGCUCGGCAACAAGUACGAAGGCUUCUACAACAAGUCCGGUCGCGCGUACCCCGACAUGGCCGCCAUCGGCGUGGUAAGUGCCCAGUCUCAAACAACCGGUCGAGUAAAGCUGCUAAUCACCACAUACCAGAACAUCACCAUCGCCUGGAACGGCACAGUCAGCAACAUCGGCGGCGGCACCUCCGCCUCUGCACCCAUUGCCGCAUCCGUCUUCACGCUGGUGAACGACGCUCUGAUCUCCCAUGGCAAGCCUCCCAUGGGCUUCCUCAAUCCUUGGCUGUACAAGAAGGGCCAUGUGGCUUUCUCCGACGUGACGAUUGGCAGUGCGGUCGGGUGUGGGACGAAGGGCUUCCCGGCUGUGCAGGGCUGGGAUGCGGUGACGGGUUGGGGCACGCCGCGGUUCGAGAAGAUUUUGCAGGCGGUGGGGUUGAAUGGGUCUGUUGCUGGGGGAUGGUAGGUGUUGAGAAAGGCUGUCAUCUAUUGUCGCUUCAUCAAAACAAAGCAAGGUUGAUCACGUGGAGUGUGUCAGCCUUGUCGUUGAGCCUGAAUUCCGCACCGACGUCACUCGGAGUUGGCGGCGCGUCAACCUACGCGGGUUCGGAC